CAGUAGUUUCCCUCCCCAAGAUGAACUCUCUCUCAACUCUCUGCACUAUUUAUACCCAUCUUCUCAUUCUUUUCUCUUCACUCCAAACUUCAUCGCUCACUUCGUUUAUUUUCCUUCAAUAUUAAUCUUGUUUAAAAUCUAUUAUUAUGGCCUCUUUUGGUGCCUCUCAUUUCCUGCUUAAGCUCCUUUUAUUUGUUUCUCUUGUUCAUUUCAGCUCAGCAGCAAGAAGACUCGCAGAGUCUGAUCAAGCCCAACAGCCCUUGCUCUUUCAAUACCACAAUGGCCCUCUUCUUACUGGAAAAAUUUCUGUCAACAUCAUCUGGUACGGUAACUUCAAACCUGCCCAGCGUGCCAUUGUCUCCGAUUUCAUUACUUCCCUUUCUUCUACCCAACCCACCACUGCCCAACCAUCUGUUGCUACGUGGUGGAAAGCCACCGAGAAAUACUACCACCUCGUCAAAUCAAAGAAAACCGCCCCUCUUGCCCUUUCUUUGGUUACCCAAAUCUCUGAUGAGAACUAUUCAUUGGGCAAAUCACUAUCCAAUAAGCAAAUUGUUCGAUUAGCAUCUAAGGGUGGACAAAAAGAUGCUAUCAAUGUGGUUUUGACUUCAUCUGAUGUGGCUGUUGAAGGGUUUUGCUCUAGCAGGUGUGGUACUCAUGGUUCUUCUAUGAGUGCUCAAAAAAUCAAUGGCAAAAGCUCCAAAUUUGCUUACAUCUGGGUUGGGAAUUCUGAGACUCAAUGCCCAGGUCAAUGUGCUUGGCCAUUCCACCAGCCAAUCUAUGGACCACAAAGCCCACCUCUUGUUGCGCCCAACAACGAUGUAGGUCUUGAUGGUAUGGUCAUCAAUUUGGCUAGCCUUUUAGCUGGAACUGUGACCAAUCCAUUUGGAAAUGGAUACUUCCAAGGUCCAAAGGAGGCUCCCCUGGAUGCUGCAUCGGCUUGCCCUGGGGUAUAUGGAAAGGGAGCCUAUCCCGGUUAUGCAGGGGAUCUCUUGGUGGACGCUACAACUGGUGCUAGCUACAAUGCACACGGUGUUGAUGGCAGGAUAUACUUGCUUCCCGCUUUGUUUGAUCCUUCAACCUCAGCUUGUUCGACUCUGGUCUGAAACGCGCUCACCAAUCUUCUUGUAAAACACAAGUAACUGUAGAAUUGCGAGAAAAACAGAAUAUUCUUUGAUUUUUUAUUAUUAAAUUCAUUCAUUUGUAGUACCGUUAAUGAAUAAUGAAAACGCAGAUUUUCUUCCGAAUAA